AUGGAACAAUUAAAUCACUCACACGUUCCUCGUUCUCGAUCACAUGAAGAAGAUUCAUCAAUUUACUUAUCGACAGAAAUAUUUGAUUCUCCGAAAACUCCUCCUUCUCGAUCUCGCACGAUUAAACCAAAUUUUAAAAACAUUUCGAAAGAAUAUCUCGACAAUAUCAUAAACUCUGUUUUGACUAGAGACGAAAGAAACAAGUAUGAAUCGAAGCUUUUUCUGCCUCUCUACGACCUUAUCCUUCCCAGCAGUCGUCCAAGACAUACAAUGAGACGUUACCAAAAUAAUUUUAUAACCUUUCGAAAAGAUUACCACGCGAGGAUGGUAGCAGAGUACGGCCCACGAAUAGGAUCAAGAGUCAAAGAAAUCUCUCGCGGGGCGAGUUCGAUGUGGGAAAAAUUUUCUCCCGAGGAUAGAUAUAUGUAUUAUCGAAUUGCAGAGUGCACCAAAAAAUUACGUGAUAAUAUGUGGCCAGAUCACAAUGUCAGUAAACCCACGCGAAAAAAUACUAUUAAAUAUAGUAAUUAUGGUUAUGGUGAGGUUAAAGGAUGUUCGACAAUGCUCUUCGGAACACGACCGAACAAUCCACCUUCCGUGAAUGACAACGACAGUUUGGAUCGAAUCUCCGGAAACCAAAAUUUUAUUUACAAAAUAUUUACUUCAAAACUCAAACCUAUCGAGCAGAAUCGGUCGAUGACUCAAUCGAAAGUCAAUAUUAUGUCUUCCUACGACAAAUCGCUAGUAGACUUGGUUAACAAACAUGUUAGAAUCUAA